AUGGUCCAUAUCGAGCCUUUCGUAGUAGAAGAGUGGAUGGACUUGCACCAACCAAAUGCGAAACAUGACAUUGCCGAAACAUGUUGUGCGUCUGUGUCCAUGGAAGAACUCCAGAAUUUAUGUGAAAAUAAAUCAAAACAAGUGCUUGAAAUGCCUGGCAAACUGGACUACGGCGAUAUUCGCGGAAGUGACAAAUUACGAACGAACCUGGCAACUCUCUAUUCUUCAAAAGCUGGCUCGCCUGUGUCCAAAGAUAGCAUAAUCAUCACUCCUGGAGCAAUUGCUGCCAACUAUCUAUUUCUCGUCUCUCAUGUCGGCCCAGGAGAUCACGUCAUCUGUCAUUACCCAACGUAUCAGCAAUUGUAUUCAGUCCCAGCAUCUCUUGGGGCUGAAGUUGAUCUAUGGAAGUCUGACCCUGAUAACGAGUGGGUGCCAGAUAUCGAACAACUCAAAUUGCUGGUCAAACCUAACACGAAACUCAUUAUCUUGAAUAAUCCUAACAAUCCGACGGGAUCAGUAUUAAAGAGAUCACUGCUCGACCAAAUCAUCGAAGUGGCGAGCGCAGGUGAUAUUACAAUCUUGUCCGAUGAGGUGUAUAGGCCAGUUUUUCAUGGCAUCACGCCAGUGGAUUCAGAGUUUCCGUCGUCGAUGCUGUCCCUGUAUCGCAAAACCGCAGUCACGGGAUCAUUAUCGAAAGCGUACUCGCUGGCUGGUAUUCGCGUUGGGUGGAUUGCGUCCCGAGACGAGGCAAUCAUCGAGAAAUGUGCUGCGAUGCGACAUUACACGACGAUAUCAGUCAGUAAACUGGAUGAUCAAGUUGCAGCUUUUGCGCUAGAUCGAGAUACUGUCCACAGCCUGCUCGGACGAAACAUCCAGCUAGCGAAGAAGAAUUUGGAAAUUUUGGAUCGAUUCAUCCUCAAACAUGACGAUGAGUGUUCUUGGGUAAAGCCUGUAGCAGGCACCACGGCGUUCGUGAAAUUCUGUAGAGACGGUCAACCUGUCGAUUCAGCGGAAUUGUCCAAACGGCUCAUGGAGAAAUCAGGAGUCUUGGUAUUACCAGGGGACGUAUGCUUUGGACCAGAGUUCGCUGGCUAUGUCAGAAUCGGCUAUGUACAGCGCACCGAGGCUCUUCAGGCAGGUCUUGACGCCAUGCGAAUGUUCAUGAAAAGGGAAUUUGACGAUGUCCCAUUGGCAACACGUGCAGAAGAUCAAGACAUCAAAGAUACUUAG